AUGGCCCACGGGUUGUUUUGGAAUGCCGUCCCGAAGUCGGAGGCGGAGUAUGCCCCUCUGGACCAAGGAUGCUCAUGCGACGAGGAUGAGGGCGCAGACAGGUUUCCUACCCGUCGAAGCGGCUGGUCCCAAACCACCAAGAGACUCGUCCAAGUCUUUGUUGUCAGCCAACUCAUCGUUCUUCCCGCCGGGGCAGUCAUAUGGUGGUUGAACCGCCAGGCACCAAUGAACAUGUACUUGAAGAAGGUAUCGUCGUACUCUCCGCUGCUCAACCAGAUCGAAAUCCCAAUGACACUCCGCUUCGAUGAGCCACAAACCCUCUCGGGCGGCGGCGGCGGCGACAUGACGUGGGGGUCUCGACCGAACCAGGAGAUUGACAGGAUGUGGGAAGAAAUCACCAGCGAAUCCUCGAUCCCGGUGACCGAGUCGGAUGUCAUCGCCAUGAAGAAGGACCCUUCGGUCGCCGCGAUGCUGCCCGAGGAGUACCAAACCGGGAACGAAAAGACGUAUCUGGGCCACGCGCUCGUCUUCCACCGGCUUCACUGCCUGAACUACAUCCGAAAGGCGCUUUACAAGGAUUACUAUUAUCCAAACGGCACGGAAGAGGUUCCGAUGCACGAGCAUCACAUAGCACACUGCAUAGCAAUGGUCUUGGACCAUAUCACCUGUGCUGGAGAUCCUGGGGUCUACGCAUGUGUCCCCAAGACGCCCAAUGCACCCCUCAUCAAUCCACCUUGCCUGCCUCUGGGCGGUCUUCUUCUAUACGCGGAGCCUUCGCUAACUGUGGCCUCUCAAGUGUAUCAAUGGUAUGACCAUACGGAUAUUCCGUUGCCCGACGCCAACACGUGGGGCAAGUGCUGGGACUUCAAGCAGUUCCGAAAGGAUUUUGACAAGAUUGCUCUGAAGGACUUGAACCCCUUUCAGAUGGUGAAGCCGCCGGGGGCCAAGUCGGUGACCGAGCACAACAAUCUGCAGGAAGUCAUCUAUAAGACGGCCCAAGAGAAAACUCACAAAAAUUCAUAG